GUGUGAGUGGGAAAUACGAAAUGGUGUUUGUAAACUUGCAGUGUCAACAUAUUCUUUCUCAAGCAUUUGAGUUUCAUUCAGGGAAACUAAAUACCCAAUGGCUCUGUAAUACAAGGAAAGAAAUAAACUGUAUUUGUAAAGUCUGUAUGUGAAGGUUGCCAGCAUAUAAUAUGUUUCACAACCCAUCCGAAGAACUGAAAGAGAGGGUUAAACUUGCCCUUGCCAUAGCCAUAGUCAGAUCAAAACCAACAAAUAUCACAGCAAAACAAGUAGCAGUAUCACUUAAAAAGAAGCUUGAAACUGAGCAAUCUACUGUUUGGAGGAAGGAGACAGAUUUAAAUCUAAGACAGAGAAUACACAAGCUGAAACAUGAGCUACUUCAAAGUGCUCUUCCAUCAGAAUCAACAAAUGUAUCAGAUUUCUCUUUGGGUGGAGACAUUCCUGGUAAAGAUAUUCCAGAUGGAGCUGAAGAAGAUGCCACAGAGGAGACUGAGUUUCAUUUGAUGUUCAUUCAGUCAAUGGUGCAACUGAAAUCAGCUGUUAGUACCUGUACAUUUCUGAGGGCAUCUGUCUUGAAAACAAUUGUUAACUCCAUGGCUACAGAUGUCUUAUAUCCUGGCAAAGAAUGUGGUGCAGAACAUAACACUUCCAUUUGUGAUGUGGAAUCAGUAUAUUCUUUAAACACCAUGCAAAGUGGGCCGCAAAUGACUGAGGACUCAGGAUAUGGUAGUGUUGAAGUAGGGAAGGAAAGUGACAGGAAAAUUCCAAGUAGUCUUUUGAAAUACAUAUUGUGUGAUUCUGAUGCCAAUGACCUCAUUGUAAAAUCUGUUGAGACAGUGCUUAGUUAUUUGGAGAAAUCAUUGUCAGGUGAUGAUGAAGGAAUUCUGGAAAAAAUUGUGAGAGACUGGAGGAAUUCUCUCCUUGAAGAUGCUGUAAACAUUUUAACUGAUACAGUAAACAUAUUAACUCAGUAUGACCAAGGUUCUGGUGAAUGUCGUUCAGCUUGCUUGGGUUUUAUCAAAAAACAAAUCCAUAGGAUACUAACUCCAAGUAAAAUAUCAAAGAUUACUGGAGUUUAA